AUGGCGACGGUUUUCGAAAUGAAAGUAGGUGAACCAAGACCAAAAACUUCAUGGGUCUGGCCUUAUUUUGAUGUUAAAACUUUACCCGAUGGUGAACCCCUAGCAUGUUGCAAAUCAUGUGGGAAAACGUUCAAGCAUGGUGGGAGCACAUCGAAUCUUAUCAACCAUCUUGCAAAAACGCACAAACUAUUCCCACCAAAAAUGAAACGUGCAAGUGGAGACGACACUGCUCGAACCAGAAAGGGCAUUAUCAACGAACAAGCAAGUGGAUUCGGUGCAAGUAGCUUUGAACAUGGCAUCGAAACUGUUACGGGAGGACAGGCAUCAGUGGGAGGACAAGAAUUGGUGGGCCAUCCGUUGGGUUUCAUGAUAGGCAAAUGGCAAGGACGAGGGAAGGGAACGUAUCCGGGAAUGCAGGAAUUCGAGUAUAUCGAAGAUAUCGAAAUCUAUCCCGAUGAAGCUGGGAGAGGGUGGCUGUAUUAUAGACAAAAGACAUGGAACCCAGCUCGGAAUAAUGCCAACUUUCACAGUGAAAUGGGUUAUUUCCGUUGCCCCGGUGUUAAUCGAGUCGAAUUGAUCCUUGCGCAGCCAACUGGAGUCGCUACUGUUGAAGAGGGACAAAUUGAAGGCACAUCUUUAUCCUUACAUUGUUCUAAUAUCGCACGAUCUACUUCAGCCAAGCCUCCUCACGUACAAGAAUACAAAAGACGAUGGCAAUAUGAUCCACGGGCCAAUACUUUGGCAUACGAGUUCCAUAUGGCAACGUCACAAACACCAAUGGAACUCCAUUUGUUUGCUACUCUGCAUAAAGUAUAG